AACUGACUACACAACCAAGUGAUACAUAUGGAGUGAAGAUACUCAAACUUGGAAUCUGUAUUCAUACAUGCCAAGAGACUUCUGUGACACUUAUGGAUGUUGUGGUGCAUACAGUUAUUGUGACAAAACACAACUUCCACCUUGCCAAUGUUUGGAAGGAUUUGAGCCUAAAUCCACAAGUAAAUGGAGCUCAAUGGACUGGUCUCAAGGAUGUGUUAGAAAGAAGCCAUUGAACUAUCAGCAAGAAGAUGGAUUUAUCCAAUACCAAAAGUUAAAGUUGCCAGAUGCUGCACAUUCUUGGAUAAGCAGAAAGAUGGUAGUGGUUGUGCUAUUUGGUUUGGUGAUCUACUUGAUAUUAGACAGUUUCAAAUCGGUGGGCAGGAUCUACACAUCAGAAUGUCUGCUUCAGAAUCAGAAAGAAGAAAUGGAGCUUCCAGUAUUUGAACUAGCUAUGAUAUCUUAUGCCACCAAUCACUUUUCACUCACCAACAAGCUAGGACAGGGGGGUUUUGGACCUGUUUACAAGGGAAAAUUAAUGGAUGGGCAAGAAAUUGCUAUGAAAAGGCUUUCCCGAAGUUCUGGACAAGGUUUUAAUGAGUUCAAGAAUGAAGUUAAGCUGAUUGCCAAACUUCAGCAUCGGAAUCGUGUUAGGCUUCUUGGAUGUUGUAUUGAAGGAGAGGAGAAAUUGCUGGUUUAUGAAUACAUGCCUAACAGAAGCCUUGACUCAUUCAUUUUUGAUCAAAGAAGGCGUAAAGAACUAAAUUGGCCCAAGCGUUUCCAGAUUAUCUGUGGGAUUGCUAGGGGGCUUCUCUACCUUCACCAAGACUUUAGGCUGUGGAUCAUACAUGGAGAUCUCAAAGCUAGUAACGUUCUUCUUGACAAAUAUGCUGUUGAUGGGUUUUUCUCAGUAAAAUCAGAUGUCUUUAGCUUUGGUGUAUUGUUGAUGGAGAUAGUAAGUGGGACUAAAAAUAGAGGAAUGUACCAUUCAGAUCAUAGCAUUAACCUCAUUGGACAUAUUCCUGAGGACAGGCCAACCAUGUCAUCUGUGUUGCUUAUGUUGGGAAGUGAGAUAGAAUUGCCUCAGCCGAAAGAACCUGGUUUCUUGCUCGAAAAUACAUCACUUGAAACAGAUGCUUCAUUGAGCAAGCAUAACUCGACGUCAAACCAUUUCUUGCCCCUCGUGGCGGACAAACUCGGCGGUGACGGCCUGAUCGGGGAGCUGUGCAAUGGGUUCAACUUGCUGGAUUUGACCGAUGAUGACCUCCGGUCCAUGUUGAAAGAAGGGGAUUUAGACGGGGACGGCGUGCUUAUUCAGAUGGAGUUUUGCGUUUUGAUGUUCCGGUUGAGUCCUGAGUUGAUGGAGGCUUCCCGGUUUGUGUUCCAAGAAGCUUUUGAACAGGAACUCAAGGAUGAUUACUAAUGAUUUUGACCAUGCAUUUUUCUCCAUUUGUCUUACAAUUUUUCUGGGAAUGUAAUGAAAUUGAUGGAAUAUACAGAAAGGAUUAAU